GCGAGCGUCCCUAUCGAUGUUCCAUGUGCCCUUAUUCAAGUUCUCAGAAGACUCAUUUAACGAGACAUAUGCGUACUCAUUCAGGUGAGAAACCAUUCAAAUGUGAACAGUGCAGCUAUGUGGCAUCAAACCAGCAUGAAGUGACUCGACAUGCAAGGCAGGUUCAUGAUGGGCCCAAACCAUUGGCUUGUCCCCACUGUGAUUACAAAACAGCUGACAGAAGCAAUUUCAAGAAGCAUGUUGAACUCCAUGUCAGCCCUCGUCAAUUCCUUUGCCCAGUUUGUGAAUAUGCUGCAUCCAAGAAAUGUAACUUGCAGUAUCACAUCAAAUCCAGACAUCCAGACUGCUGUGAUAUCACAAUGGAUGUCUCAAAAGUAAGAUUAAGAACUAAAAAGAAUGAGGUUAACACUUCUGAGAACAUUAACACUGAGAAUAAAGUAGAACAAGAACAAACAAAGAAAGAGUUGACUGAAAAGAAAAAUGAGAGAGUUGUAAAGGAGGAGAAGAAAGAGAGUUUGUCAAAAGAGAAGAAACCAACUAGUACUGCGAGCGUAGGCCAGAUCACAACAAGAAGCCGCAAAAUAGUUGAUGAAAGAAAAGAAGAAAAUGUGAAAAUUGAAAAAACUAAUAAAACUAAGAAGGCAAAAAGGAAAGCAGAGAAUAGCUCUAUUUCAUUGACAAAAGAUUUAUCAACAGAUAUUGACGUAAUAGUGAGAAAGAAAAAGAAAACCGAAAAACUACAACCUAAGAGUCAGGGUGAAAGCAAAUUGGAGGUGACCAAAAAGUCAAAUACUUGCCUUAAAAAAAACAAAAAAAGGAAAUAUUUGAAGAAUAAAGCUGCUAAGAACAAUAACAUUUCUGACAGCAAAAAGAUCGCAGAUGAAGCUUCUGUUCCUAAGGAAUGUUUUCUUAUCCAUGAAAGACAAAGGAAGUCAUCUAAUACUUCUUCCAGUGAGCAGGAACCUGUGCUUCUCAUUGAUGGAGAGAAUCAAUUUGCACCUGAAAAUAAUGUACAUCAAGAGAUACAUGAACAGCACAUAGAUACAAAUAUCCCAGUAGAGAUGAAAAACCAAGAAAUACUUACAGAACAAGAGGAGAUUGCAAAAGCUGUUUCAGAGAAUAAUACUGAAACAGGACUGGCAGUUAUGCCUGGGACCAGCUCUGUGGAUUCAAAUACCACCAUGGAAAAAGAAGCAAAGGACAUUUUACCAGAUUUAUGCCAAGAUAUUCAGAUGACACAAACCUGUGAGAUGGAAAGUGUGACUGAUCCAGAUUUAGUACAAGAAAUACGGUCAGUGCAAACAUGUGACAAAGAGAGAAUGAAUAAAGCACAUCCAGAAGAUGUUUGUUCUAUGAAACAAUUAAAGGCUGAAGACCUAGCAGGAGCUCAACCUCACCAAAAACCAGAAAAACUUGAACAAAAUACUGGAGCAGAUUUGGCUUCAUCAUCACCAAGUGGCACAAUAGUGAAUGAAAAUCAGGAUGUGGAAGAGGAUGAAGGUAUCCAUAGUCAUGAUGGCAGCGAUAUAAGUGACAACAUAUCAGAAGGCAGUGAUGAUUCUGGAUUAAAUGGUGCUCGGACGGCCCAAGAAAAAACAGGUCAGAAAUCACCCCAAGAAGUAGCAGAGGCUAAAGCUACAAAGGAGAACUAUGUGUGUAUAUUUUGUGACCGAUCAUUUAAAAAAAAGGGUGAAUACAGUAAGCAUCUGAACCGACAUUUGGUAAAUGUAUACUAUCUUGAGAAGGCAACAAAGGAGCAAGAUUAACCAAACAGUUUAAUGACAAUUUAUUCCUUUUUGUAAAAUCCUCUAGAGCUUAGGUACAGUUCUUGUAGAAUCUUUGCUUAAGCUCAGUUUGCUUUUACUAUUAAGUUGUUGGUUGGUUAUUUCCCCCGACCUUUGAAGAAAUGUUGAACUAAUUAACUAUUUGUUUCUCUUUGAUUAGAGAAGGCAAAUAGGGUAUGAAAUGUUGUGGCUUACAAAGGUGACAAAAGUCUUUGGGAUACAGCCCUUGAAUCACUUGUGUGUUUCUGUUGAUUUGCAACAGAUAUAUAUGUACAACUUCAUAGGUUUAGGAAUGGACAGCCCAGGGCAACGUUCAUGGGAGUUGCUCCUGUACAAGCUCUUUAGGAAUGAGCUGAAAAUGCAUAGAAGUAUGCAAAACUACGCUCAUGCUCUUGCAGAGGUCUGUUUAUUUCCAUGGAGCUUGAAUUGUAGAUGGUACCAGUUGAUUAAGCCCCAAGUCUGUUCCUGUCUAUUUAAUACAUUGCAAGGAGAAAGUUUAACCUGAAAAAGUCUCAGGCGUAUUCUGCUCCUCUCUUUCCCUUAAUGGAGAAAAUGAAAUAACCAGAGUUUACUUCAACGUGCUAUAUUUUUGAUCACCUACUAGAACUGCUUCUUGAGUCCCAUUUAUGCACACUUACCACAGUAUGGAAAUUCAUGCAGUUCUGUGCCAUUGCAAUAGGUGAACACCAGAACUAUAUGGAUAAGAACAAUUGUUGAAUAUAUCUGAUGUGUUCAAAUGUGCCCAUACGUUUCUGAUGAUCAGAAUACUGCCAGUCCACAAAUGGGGAUGUUCUAGAUAUAGAUUAUAUGAUCAGGGAAUACCAAUUUUAAUACAUUAACAGCUUAUUCCAUGCAGAACCUCUUCCUUAAAAGAUGAGCAUGAAUUCUGGAUACAAAAUCCUGAGGUUGCUUAAUAACUCUUUGAAAAUUUGCCAAGUACCCAGGCCAUCUUUGCUAACAAAGUUGUUAUAUAAAUGGAAUCUUAGAAAUAAAAAAUAUAUAACGUUGAUGCUCCUAGUAGAAUCUGUUUUGGUUCUUGUUUAUCUUAAUGUAUUGGUAGGGUGAGUGCUUAAAAAAACUCAGCUGUACAAGAAACACAGUAGCUUAUUUUGUAAAAAGAGCACUUUUGGAAAAAAUGAGGUUCAUUAGCGGUAAAAAAAAAUUCAUGAACGUAUUUUUAAUUUGCAUAUACAUUUCAGGUCCCCCAAUCAUGAUCAGCAAGCCAAAAUCUUGAAGUUCUUUCCAUCUAUUGAUUGGUGAAUCCAUAAUUUGGUAAAUACUUCUUUAAAACAAGGUCAUUUCCUUUUGUGCUUUAAGACAAGAAAAAUGUUGCACAUAAUUGUUUUUAUUUUUACCUAUGCAGUUUAAAUCUUUAGGAGUUUUAGUAUUUUUGUUGUAUAUGUACAUUUUAUAUAUGCAUGUUUAGUUUUGUUAAAUCAGUUUCUUCCCUUAAGGUUGACACUUUCAGGUUUGUUGCUUAUCAUGGCCAGUAUUCUCUGCUUCUUUUGACUGUAACUUUCUGAUUCUAUAUUGGUUGGUAUGGUUUUUUUUAAAAAAGGUAACAGGCCUAUAAAAUUGCUUUAUUAAUUACAUCAUUUUGGACAAAUAUUUCUGUAUAUUUCUGAUUUAACUAUGUUAGAGUUGUACAAAUAAGUCACAUGUUCCUAUUAGCUUCAAUAGAACUGCACGAUGUCUUUAUAGGGGUUCUCUCUAAUGAAAAUUGGGAACUUAUCCUUCCUUUAAGAAGGCUAUUUAAACUUAAAUCUCUAUAUAAGUUUACAUUUAAAGAGCUUUCUUCAUUAGAAGAAUUAUGGACCCAGCCCAUUGUUAUUUGUAUAUAUUCUGUUUUAAUACAGAUAAUACUUCUGCUUUUUUGCAUUACAAAUAUUUUUGCCAUGCUUCUUCAUUUCUUGGUGAAAUUAAAAGUAUUAAUAGAAGUACUUACUUGGUUUUAAGACAUUGCUAGCAUUAUAAAUGAAAUAUCCAUUGUAAUGAAUAAUUAAUUAUCACAAAAAUAAAAGGCUUGGACCAUAGCUCAUAUUACAUUAUGCUUUUUCCCAAUGUGCAUUUAUUUCAGUGAGUGUUAAUUAUACUCUGUUAUACUCUGAAAUUGCCUUGAUAGAAUCAAAUCGCUCAUUUCAAAGUCCAAUAAAUAAAAAAAAUCCUGGUAAGCAACAAACCUUGAAAAUGUCAGUUGUAAAAAUUUCCAUUUGCAUUAAAUCAAGUUCUAAUCACCCAUUGAUCCUUUUUUAUAAUUCACAUAAAGAAAAAUUGAAAUGAUCAGAUAUCUGAAGAAUAAAUGUUCAGGCACAGGGAGAGAAGCACAACUUUAUUUUAAAGACUUUAUUAACAGGUAAGAUUUGCUUGAAUGUUUUGAAAACACAAUGAAAAGCUACAGAUAGCAAAACUGAGCAUGCAACCUUUCAUUCUUCUUCAUUUUCAAAUAAUUUUUCUUUUUGUAAAUUUAUAGAUGUAAGUGUGAUUUCCAAUACAGCAAAUUAGCAGAUACGAAAACUUGCAUUGUCAAAGUCCACAAUCUGCUGCAAAGCCCCAUUGCUGUGUUCUUGAAUUUUUUUUUGGUUCAUGUCUUACUGUGUAUGCAUGAGAAUCUCUUGAUUAUAUCUCCAGAUGGCUAACAAGAGACUUAUUUGCUGCUUCAAAAAUAUUGAA